GGCGAAACAAAAUAAGAGAUGAAACAACACAAUGGCGGUUAAUUCAUAAUCCGUAGCUUACACAAUACGUGUAGCCCCGCACUGAACACUCAUUUUUCCGCUUUGUGUCGGAACCUGAGAAGAUAACUGUGAACUGCGUUUGGAAAUCGCGGCGAAACACUUUCAGGUUCUGGUUUCUAGUUUAAGAUGUCACAUUUGGGGGGUGGUGCAGAGGCACAUGCACGCUUCAAACAGUAUGAGUACAGAGCUAAUUCAAGUCUUGUCUUAACUACUGAUUCUCGCCCUCGGGAUACCCAUGAGCCUACUGGUGAGCCAGAGUCCCUUUGGGGCAAAAUUGAUCCUAAAGGCUUUGGUGAUCGUGUUUUCAAGGGCAAACCUGCUGAACUUGAGGAGAAGUUUAAGAAGGCAAAGAAGAAGAAGGAGAGAGAACCACUUUCAUCUGAACCCAUUCCCACUAGACAAAGCAAAAGGAGGCGGCUUCAGGAGGAAAGUGUGCUUACAGCCACCGAAGAAGGUGUUUACCAACCAAAAACUAAAGAAACCAUGGCUGCAUAUGAACUAAUGCUCAAUACUAUCCAGCAGCAGCUUGGAGGGCAGCCACUGAAUAUUGUCAGUGGAGCUGCAGAUGAGAUUCUAGCUGUUCUAAAAAAUGAUAACAUUAAGAAUCCUGAGAAGAAAAAGGAGAUAGAGAAGUUACUGAAUCCGAUCCCAAACAAUGUAUUUGAUGACUUGGUUUCCAUUGGCAAGCGCAUUACUGAUUAUCAAGAUGGCAGUGAUGCAUUGGUGUCUGCUGCUGCCAAUGGUGAUGAUGCUCUCGAUGACGAUGUUGGUGUAGCUGUCGAGUUUGAGGAGAAUGAGGAGGAGGAGGAGGAAAGUGAUCUUGAUAUGGUGCCGGAGGAUGAAGAGGAGGAUGAUGGAUUGGAAGAGAAUGGUGCUGGUGCUAUGCAGAUGGGUGGAGGAAUUGAUGAUGAUGAAAUGCUGGAAGCUGAUGAGGGUAUGUCCUUGAAUGUUCAGGACAUUGAUGCGUAUUGGCUACAAAGAAAGAUCUCUCAAGCUUAUGAGCAGCAGAUUGACCCGCAGCAAAGCCAGAAGGUUGCUGAAGACGUUCUUAAAAUCCUUGCCGAGGGUGAUGAUCGGGAAGUGGAGAACAAGUUGCUGUUGCAUCUUGAUUACGAAAGAUUUAGUCUCGUUAAAUAUUUAUUGCGGAACAGGCUUAAGGUAGUUUGGUGCACUCGCCUAGCAAGAGCUGAGGACCAAGAUAUGAAGAAGAAAAUUGAGGAAGAGAUGAUGGAGUUAGGGCCAGAUCAUACUGCUAUUUUGGACCAGUUGCAUGCCACCAGGGCCAGUGCAAAAGAGAGACAGAAGAAUUUGGAGAAGAGCAUUAGAGAAGAGGCCCGCCGGCUGAAAGAUGAGACUAGUGGGGAUGGUGAUAGGGGACGGAGAAUGAUUUCUGAUAGAGAUGUUGAGAGUGGUUGGUUGCAGGGGCAGCGACAAUUACUUGACCUUGAUAACCUUGCAUUUCAUCAAGGUGGGCUGUUGAUGGCAAACAAGAAGUGUGAGCUUCCAUUAGGGUCCUAUAGAAAUCAUAAAAAGGGGUAUGAAGAAGUUCAUGUUCCAGCUUUGAAGCCAAAACCGUUGGCUGAAGAUGAAAAAUUUGUAAAAAUAUCCUCCAUGCCAGAGUGGGCACAACCAGCUUUCAGAGGGAUGACCCAGUUGAACAGGGUCCAAAGCAAAGUAUAUGAGACUGCCCUGUUCACCCCUGAGAAUAUUUUGUUGUGUGCUCCGACUGGAGCAGGGAAGACAAAUGUUGCUAUGCUCACUAUACUUCAGCAGAUUGCAUUGAACAGAAAUGAGGAUGGGUCUUUCAACCAUAACAAAUACAAGAUAGUUUAUGUAGCACCAAUGAAGGCACUUGUUGCUGAAGUUGUUAACAAUUUGAGCAAUCGUCUGCAGGAGUAUGGUGUCAAUGUGAAAGAGCUAAGUGGGGAUCAAACAUUGACUAGGCAACAAAUUGAAGAGACUCAAAUUAUUGUAACAACACCAGAGAAAUGGGAUAUCAUUACCAGAAAGUCAGGCGACCGCACCUACACACAACUUGUAAAGUUGCUUAUUAUUGAUGAAAUACAUCUCCUACAUGACAACAGAGGUCCAGUUCUGGAAAGUAUUGUUGCAAGAACAGUGAGGCAAAUUGAAACCACGAAAGAGCAUAUUCGCCUUGUUGGGUUAUCAGCUACUCUUCCAAAUUAUGAUGAUGUGGCAGUGUUUCUGAGGGUUGAUCUGCAGAAGGGACUUUUCCAUUUUGAUAAUAGCUAUAGGCCUGUUCCACUGGCUCAACAAUAUAUAGGAGUUACUGUUAAAAAGCCAUUGCAAAGAUUCCAAUUAAUGAAUGAUGUGUGUUAUGAGAAGGUAAUUGCUGUGGCUGGCAAACAUCAGGUUCUUAUUUUUGUCCACUCAAGGAAGGAAACAGCUAAAACUGCUCGUGCGAUUCGUGAUACUGCUCUUGGUAAUGAUACUCUCGGUAAAUUUCUGAAAGAGGACAGUGCAAGUCGCGAAAUUCUCCAAUCACAUACAGAGCUGGUCAAGAGCAAUGAUCUCAAAGAUCUGUUGCCCUAUGGUUUUGCAAUUCACCAUGCGGGGUUGGUCAGGGCUGAUCGCCAGAUUGUUGAGGAGCUUUUUGCUGAUGGACAUGUUCAGGUUUUGGUUUCUACAGCAACUCUAGCUUGGGGUGUAAACUUGCCUGCUCAUACAGUGAUAAUUAAAGGCACCCAGAUUUACAAUCCUGAGAAGGGAGCUUGGACUGAACUCAGUCCCCUAGAUGUCAUGCAGAUGCUUGGCCGUGCUGGAAGGCCUCAAUUUGACACCUAUGGGGAGGGCAUAAUUAUAACAGGGCACAGCGAACUGCAGUAUUAUUUGUCUUUAAUGAAUCAGCAGCUUCCAAUUGAGAGCCAAUUUAUUUCCCAAUUGGCUGAUCAGUUGAAUGCUGAAAUUGUCCUUGGUACAGUGCAGAAUGCAAAAGAGGCUUGCAAGUGGCUCCUCUACACUUACCUCUGUAUUCGCAUGGUACGAAAUCCCUCUCUUUAUGGCUUGGCAGCUGAUGCUCUGAAAAAUGACAUAACAUUGGAAGAAAGGCGAGCUGAUCUGGUUCAUUCAGCAGCUACACUGUUGGACAAAAAUAAUCUGAUCAAGUAUGACAGGAAAAGUGGAUAUUUCCAAGUUACAGACUUGGGUCGCAUAGCUAGCUAUUAUUACAUAACUCAUGGGACAAUAUCAACAUACAAUGAACAUUUGAAGCCUACAAUGGGUGAUAUUGAGCUUUGUCGGCUGUUCUCACUUAGUGAGGAAUUUAAAUAUGUUACAGUUAGACAAGAUGAGAAGAUUGAAUUGGCUAAGCUUCUAGAACGUGUUCCCAUUCCCGUCAAAGAGAGUAUUGAGGAGCCUAGUGCCAAGAUUAAUGUUUUGCUCCAAUCAUAUAUUUCACAACUGAAGCUUGAAGGGUUGUCUUUAACAUCAGACAUGGUCUUCAUAACUCAGAGUGCUGCACGCCUUAUGCGAGCGCUUUUUGAGAUUGUUCUGAAAAGAGGUUGGGCCCAGCUAGCUGAAAAGGCUUUGAAGUGGUGCAAAAUGAUUAGCAAGAGGAUGUGGAGUGUUCAGACUCCACUUCGCCAGUUCCAUGGGAUUCCUAAUGAAAUCUUAAUGAAGUUGGAGAAAAAAGAUUUGGCUUGGGAGAGGUAUUAUGAUCUUUCCUCCCAAGAGUUGGGAGAGCUCAUCCGUUAUCCAAAAAUGGGACGAACACUUCACAAGUACAUUCAUCAAUUCCCAAAGCUUAACCUUUCUGCACAUGUUCAACCGAUCACUCGCUCAGUCUUGAGGGUGGAGCUAACAAUAACACCAGAUUUUAUAUGGGACGACAAAGUUCAUGGAUUUGUAGAGCCUUUCUGGGUUAUUGUGGAAGACUGUGAUGGGGAGUAUAUCCUUCAUCACGAGUACUUUAUGCUGAAGAAGCAAUACAGUGAUGAGGACCACACUUUGAAUUUCACAGUCCAAAUUUAUGAGCCAUUGCCUCCUCAGUAUUUCAUUCAAGUGGUAUCUGAUAAGUGGUUAGGAUCUCAGACUGUUCUGCCAGUUUCCUUCCGGCAUCUUAUUUUGCCAGAAAAAUAUCCUCCUCCAACAGAGCUAUUAGACUUGCAACCCCUUCCUGUGACUGCUCUGAGAAAUCCUGCAUAUGAAACCCUUUAUCAGGAAUUUAAACAUUUCAACCCAGUCCAAACUCAGGUCUUUACUGUCUUGUACAACUCUGAUGACAAUGUAUUGGUUGCAGCACCAACGGGUAGUGGGAAGACCAUAUGUGCAGAAUUUGCCAUUUUGAGGAAUCACCAGAAAGGAUCUGACAGUGUCAUGCGUGCGGUGUAUAUAGCUCCAAUAGAGGCUCUUGCUAAGGAGCGUUAUAGUGAUUGGAAGAAGAAAUUUGGUGAGGGCCUAGGUAUGAGAGUUGUUGAACUCACUGGGGAGACAGCUACUGACCUUAAACUUCUUGAGAAGGGACAAGUUGUCAUUAGCACACCUGAGAAAUGGGAUGCUUUAUCUCGUCGUUGGAAACAGCGGAAACAUGUACAGCAAGUCAGCCUUUUCAUCAUUGAUGAGCUCCACCUGAUUGGUGGUCAGGGUGGUCCCGUCUUGGAAGUGAUUGUCUCCAGGAUGAGAUAUAUUGCAAGUCAGCUAGACAAAAAGAUCCGUAUUGUAGCUUUAUCAACUUCUCUGGCCAAUGCCAAGGAUUUGGGAGAAUGGAUUGGGGCUACCUCUCAUGGGCUUUUCAACUUCCCCCCGGGUGUCAGGCCUGUGCCCCUUGAAAUACACAUUCAAGGCGUUGAUAUUGCCAAUUUUGAGGCUAGGAUGCAAGCUAUGACAAAGCCCACAUAUACUGCAAUUGUCCAGCAUGCAAAGAAUGGGAAACCUGCUAUUGUUUAUGUUCCUACAAGAAAGCAUGCACGACUUACUGCUGUGGAUUUGAUGACUUAUUCAAGUGUGGACAGUGGAGAGAGACCGAUGUUCUUAUCACAAUCUCCAAAUGAGGUGGAGCCUUUUGUUGAAAGCAUUAAAGAACCUAUGUUGAAAGAAACAUUGAAGUAUGGGGUAGGUUACUUGCAUGAGGGCUUGACUAGCACUGAUCAAGAUAUUGUGAAGACACUGUUUGAAAAUGGAUGGAUCCAAGUAUGUGUCAUGAGCAGUUCGAUGUGUUGGGGAGUACCCCUGUCCGCACACCUGGUGGUGGUUAUGGGAACGCAGUACUAUGAUGGCAGGGAAAAUGCUCAUACUGAUUACCCAGUCACUGAUUUGUUGCAGAUGAUGGGUCAUGCCAGUCGACCUCUUUUAGACAACUCAGGAAAGUGUGUCAUUCUUUGCCAUGCACCACGAAAAGAUUACUACAAGAAGUUCUUGUUUGAAGCAUUCCCUGUUGAGAGCCAUUUGCAACACUAUCUCCAUGAUAAUUUGAAUGCUGAGGUGGUUUCUGGAGUAAUUCAAAACAAGCAGGACGCAGUUGAUUACCUGACCUGGACUUUCAUGUAUAGAAGGCUCACUCAGAACCCAAAUUACUACAAUCUUCAGGGUGUUAGUCACAGGCACCUGUCUGACCACCUUUCAGAAUUGGUGGAGAACACAUUAAGUGAUCUGGAAGCCAGCAAAUGUGUUGCUGUUGAUGAUGACUUCUUACUUUCACCAAAUAAUCUUGGGAUGAUAGCAUCAUAUUACUAUAUUAAUUAUACAACCAUAGAACGAUUUAGUUCUUCUUUAACACCCAAAACAAAGCUCAAGGGUUUACUGGAAAUUCUGACUUCGGCUUCAGAGUACCAACAGCUUCCAAUUCGGCCAGGUGAAGAGGAGUUGAUAAGAAGGUUGAUUAAUCACCAGCGUUUCUCUUUUGAGAAUCCAAAGUACUCAGAUCCCCAUGUCAAGGCUAAUGCUCUACUGCAGGCCCACUUUGCUAGGCAGGUGGUAGGUGGAAAUCUGGCUUCUGACCAACAAGAGGUGCUUCUUUCUGCUAAUAGGCUUCUUCAGGCUCUGGUGGAUGUUAUUUCUAGUAAUGGUUGGCUCAACCUUGCACUCCUUACUAUGGAAGUGAGCCAAAUGGUGACUCAGGCCAUGUGGGAACGUGAUUCAAUGUUGCUCCAACUCCCACAUUUCACUAAAGAUUUAGCCAAGAAGUGUCAGGAGAACCCCGACAAGUGCAUUGAGACAGUUUUCGAUUUGCUGGAAAUGGAAGAUGAUGAGAGGCGUGAGCUGUUGCAGAUGUCUGACUCUCAGUUGAUGGACAUUGCUCGCUUUUGUAACCGCUUUCCUAACAUAGACUUGACAUAUGAAGUUGUAGACGGGGAGAGCGUGAGCGCUGGAGGGGACGACAUCAGUGUGCAGGUAACACUUGAGCGGGAUCUUGAGGGUAGAACAGAGGUUGGACCAGUUUUUGCACCAAGGUAUCCCAAGACGAAAGAUGAAGGAUGGUGGCUCGUGGUUGGUGAUCCCAAAAGCAACCAGCUUCUUGCCAUCAAGAGGGUGAGUCUCCAAAGGAAGUCGAGGGUCAAACUUGACUUUGCUGCUCCUGCUGAACCUGGGAACAAGACAUACACACUUUAUUUCAUGUGUGAUUCUUACCUGGGAUGUGACCAGGAGUAUACGUUUACCGUUGAUGUGAAAGAGGCAGGGGCUGUUGAUGAUUGAGAUUGACCAAGAAUGAACUAUAACUCUGUUGUUUUGCAACUCUUCCAGUGAUAAAAGGAACAUUGUAUUUGUAUAUUCAUUGCAGUCUCUGUUUCUUUUGUUGUCCUAGAAACCAGUGGCCUGCAAGUUUUAGGUACUACAGACUUUCUUUCUGUCAAUCCUUUGCAGUUCUGCAGGACUUAUUUUCAAUGCCAGUUUUACCUCUUUUCUACUUGAA